AAGAGUGCGGACGUGCGGUCGCAUGCGCGGUGUUGAAUAAAAUAUAAAUAAUUAAUAUAAUACUGCGCUUGCAGCCGUAAUGCAAAUCAAAUGCAAAGUGUAGUCUAGUGCAAUAAACUAAAAUAGAAUUAAUAUACUGACAGUACGAUUUGUGCUAAGGAUAUUGUAAAAGUGCAAUGCAAUUGAUUUUUGCAGAAUAAACUGUGUAGUGUUUUUUUUAUGAUAAGCGCUGCAGCACAAAUUACAAAUUACAUAUAUUGCGUUUGCACUUGAAAUUAUUGAAACAAGACUGACUGACCACGCCCACUGCAAUUUUAUAGCUUAGAGCAAUACGAGCAUAAAUCUACACCAAGAUGUCAUCACGUUCCAAAGAAAGGGUUGUCACUGCAUUCCGCAAAAUCUUCCACAAGUCUAGCAAUAACAACAACAACAACAACAAUAAUAAUAACAACAACAAUGACAAGAGCAGCGAUAAAGUCGAUGCUGCCGAGCUAAACGCCAGCAGCAACAAUAAUAAUAAUAAUAACAACAACAACAGAAAUCCCAUCAACAACAACCUUAAUAAUAAUAAUAAUAAUAAUGGGGAAGCAGAUGCUGGCGCUGCCUCCACAACAGCAGCUGCUGCCUCUGUCGCCAUAGGCAGCGCAUCCACCGCCAAGAAUGCUGUGGUACGCGCUGCUCCUGAGCAGCCAUUGUGCGAAUCUCCAGGCAAACGACGACGUCAGGAUCACAAAGUGGCGCCCACUUCUGGGCGCUCUCUGCUGACGGCGCCGGAUCAGACUAUACGCUCUCGGCGUCUUAUGAAGGAAUAUCGCGAAAUGGAACGAUUGCAGAACAAGAAUGAUUCAGUUUUCACGGUGGAGCUGGUGAACGACAGUCUAUUUGAGUGGCAUGUGCGGCUUCAUGUCAUAGAUCCGGACUCACCGCUGGCCCGGGAUAUGGUUGAGCUGAGCAUGCCAUCUAUACUCUUGCAUCUCAGCUUUCCCGACAAUUUUCCAUUUGCGCCGCCAUUUAUGCGCGUGGUGGAGCCACGCAUAGAGAAGGGCUAUGUUAUGGAGGGUGGUGCCAUAUGCAUGGAGCUGCUGACGCCACGUGGCUGGGCCAGUGCCUAUACUGUGGAGGCGGUCAUAAUGCAGUUUGCGGCCAGCGUGGUCAAGGGACAGGGACGCAUAAUGCGCAAAGGAAAGAGUACAAAGGAAUUUAGUCGACGUCAGGCAGAGGAGUCGUUCCGUUCGCUGGUCAAGACGCAUGAGAAAUAUGGCUGGGUGACGCCCGCUUUGGCCGAUGGUUAAGUCCUGUCCUACAAUGUGUAGACAUUUUGCUGAACAGCCCCGCCGCUCAGAGCUGCUCUUGCGUUUGCCAACUUUUAGUCAACUAUAGUAUAUACCUACAUACAUAUAUGUAUACACACACACACACACACACACAAGUCCCAUAAUAUAACGCUCAUAUAUAUAUACAUAUAUUUACUACAAACUAGUUGUAGGCUGUUGCUUAAAAACUAAUUUGGAAUUUAGUUUAUUUUUAAUUGUUUUUUAUUCUUCAACGUAGACACGUAAAUAUGUAAACGAUUUCAAUUGUCGGAAAUGAACACCAUCCAAAAAGCAAACGAAAAUAUUAUAAAUUAUAAUAAAUAAAUCGCUAAACACACAAAUUAGCUUAACAUGUAAUUUAGCUGUUAGUCACAUGAUAAUAUUUCAGAAAGAGUAUUAUAUUUAUAAAGAAAUUUAUUGAGAGAAGCAAGCAAGAAAGCAACCUAAACAAAAUGUACUGUGUUAUAUUCAUUUGUUGUGAUUAUGUUCAUUUUAAGUUAUAAACGAAUUACAAAACUCCUAAUUAUAUGAAGAUUAAUUUUCACAUAU